GGCUACCUCCAGUAGUACAUGCUCUAACUUCUGUAAAUUAUACGUCUGCUAGUUUUCCAGUCCAAAAUUCGAAUGUCGCGGCGUGUUAUGAAGAAUAUAAUACAACCUUGCUUGAGAUUGUGAAUAUUCAUGUUCAUUUCUGGUGAUUUAUUAUUGCUAUCCGAUUUUGGAUGUUUACUUGUGUAUUGCUGUGCGUAGUACCUUGCCUUCUCAUUCCCGGGUUUCGUGGAUAGAUGAAAUCUGUUAAAGAAUUAUCUUACGAAUCGUCUUGGACGUAUGAAAUUGUCACGUUUGAAACUUUUCGUGUAUAAGAUGUUGCAGAUCGAUUCAAAUGAUGAUUUUUGAAGCAUAAAGCAUGGCGGAGACGUACGGUGUUCCAUAUAUAAGAAGACAACAUCUCAGUCCACAUGUUAGGCUUCAAAAUCGUAUGAAAUAUGUUUCCAAUGUGUUUCACGACGCUGGAUACGUUUGAUACAGAAUUUUCUGCAGAUUCUGUGGAAUGGUGUCCCAUCGAACCGUUUACCGAUGUGUUUGUAUGCGGUACAUAUCAAUUCUCCAAUACUGAAGUUGGAGGUGAUACGGAAAAUACAAAGUGCCCGAACCGUCUUGGAAGGAUUUAUCUAUUCCGUGUGAAAAAUAGCGGAAAACUGAACUUGUUACAGCAUUUGAAUGUUCCAGCUGUGUUAGAUAUGAAGUGGAUGCACGUAAAAAUGAAUCACAAAAUACUACUCGGUGUUGCCAAUGCAUCGGGCUGCAUACAAAUCUAUGAACUGUCGGAUGUGAAUAAUAUAUCAUUGAAAUUAUUCACAGAACAAAAAAUCAACCCAGAUCAUGGUGAAAUAUUAGCAUUGUCUUUGGACUGGUCAUCCGGAGUAUUAUGUAACAACGCGGAUCAAGAUGUGAAGGCUGUGGUCAGUGAUUCGCAUGGUUCUAUUUCAAUCUUCGAAUUUCGUGGCGAAAGUUUAGUGAACAAGUAUUUGUGGAAUGCUCAUGGCUACGAAGCAUGGAUUGCAGCGUUCGAUUAUUGGAAUACUAAUAUCAUAUACACUGGUGGAGACGAUUGUAGACUUCAAUGGUUUGACAUAAGAAUGGGUACACAACCAGCUGGAAAUAAUAGAAUACAUGGCGCUGGGGUUACAAGUCUCCAUAGUAAUGCAGCUCAAGAAUUUACAUUGGCUUCUGGAAGCUACGACGAAAUCUUGAGAUUAUGGGAUGUGCGAAAAUUGCGUAAUCCAGUUUCCGAGCUGAAUCUCAACGGUGGUAUCUGGCGUUUGAAAUGGGAACCCAAGCAUCAUACAUGUUUGUUGGCUGCAUGUAUGUAUGGCGGGUUCAAGAUAAUCGAUUGUCUUGAUAAAGGAGCACCUAAUGUUAUCGCCCAAUACACGGAACAUGAAAGCAUAUCUUAUGGCAGCGAUUGGUCAUCUUUGAGCAGUAGUGAAAUUAAACGUCUGGGGAUUGCGGAUUGUACUAUAGAUACAAGAGUGCUGAUUGGAACAUGCUCAUUUUACGAUCACACGUUGAAAUUGAGCAGUGUUGACUUGAAUAAACAAGAGUGAAUAAA